CGCGGACAACAACGCUUUCAUCCAGCAGCUGAAGCACUUCGACAAGGAUAACAUUCAGCCGAACGUCUUGAAGAAGCUCGAGCAGUACGUGAAAAAACCGGAAUACCAGCCCGAUGUGGUGGGAAACCAGUCGAAGGCGUGCAAAUCGUUGUGUCUCUGGACGCACGCGAUCCACACCUAUUCCGUGGUUGCGAAGGAGGUCGAGCCGAAAAAGGAAAAGGUGAAAAUUAUGAACGUCGAACUGGAGAAUGCGAACAGCAUCCUGCAGGACAAGCAGGGCAAAUUGAAGCAGGUGCUGGACGAGGUCAACGCCCUGCAGGAGAAGUUGAGCAAGAUGGAAAGGGAAAAGGAGAAGUUGAUCAACGAGUCGUUGUUGACGGAGAAACGGUUAGAACGAGC